AGGCGUGAAUAAUAAGCGGGAGCGAGCGCUGCUCUGGGAACGCCAGAGUGAGACAGAUAGGAGCGCUGCGUUCACAUACCUUAGGAAAAUAAGUAACUAGUGCACACGGGAACGGGUGGUGGACACUUACUAGAAUUAGGAAGUAACUCAACUUGAAUAUAUACAGGUUCUGUUCAUAUAACUGAGGCGAUCUCCGGUUUCUACUCGGAACGAGUCUCGUCAAAGGAAAAGCCUUGCCCCGGACUAGCAUGUUGUUGUGGAUCUCGUCUUCCCUGCUGCGGUGAGGUGCCAGGGAGGCUCCAACGAGAGGCGCCAUGGCGGACCUGCCCAUCGCCCCGGGCCAGGUGUACAUCGAGGUGGAGUACGACUACGAGUACAAGUCCAAGGAGCGGCUGGUCAACAUCCAGCAGGGCGACUGCUUCCUGCUGGUGAAGAAGACCAACGAGGACUGGUGGCAGGUGAAGCGGGAGGAGGGCUCCAAGGCCUUCUAUGUGCCCGCCCAGUACGUGCGGGAGGUGCGCAAGGCCCUCAUGCCCCCGCCCAAACCCAUCCACCUGGGGGGGCCCACCGGCCACGCCCGCUCCAAGCCCAGCACCCUGGAGCUGGAGCCCCCCGCGGAGCCGGGCGUGAGCCGGCGCGCGUCGGGCUACCGGCGCUCGCCCUCCUCCCCCACGUCGCCCGGUCACGUGACCCCCCCCGCCCCCCGGAGAGACUCCUCCAGCCACCAGCCCCCCCACUGCCCCUCGGACCCCCACCGGGGCCUGGCGGACGGAGCCGGAGGCCCCCCCCCCUCCCAGCACGGCAACAAGGGGGGAGGAAGUGACACGCUUCCGCGCUCCCGCGCCCGCUCGCCGGACGCCGGCCGGCAGCCGCUGGACGUGGACUCGGCCGGGGAGAGCCUGGAGCGACGCACCAACGACUCGGAGUCCGGAGACGAGCUGAGCGGCAGCUCCACCGAGCACCUGCAGACGAGCUCCUCCCACCAGGCCCGGCCGGACUCCCCCGUCUACUCUAACCUCCGGGACCUGAAGAUCACCCAGGGCCAGCUGCCCGAGCUGCCCUCCGGCUUCCCGCUGCACACGCUGGGCGACUGGGACACCUACCGCGACCACAGCGGGCGCCACUUCUACUACAACCGCUCCACCCAGGAGAGGACCUGGAAACCCCCCCGGGCCCGCGACGCCCCCGAGAGCACCGGGGCCGACGGCCAGGGCACGGGCGACGGCCACACCGAGCCCACGCCCCUCUCUCUCUCGCCGUCCUUCCUGCCCAUGCUCUGUCUCUCCAUCGGCCGUCUGCCGCCGCCGUCCUCCGAGGACGCCAGCCUCAGCGCCUACUCUAGCCAAUCAGACAGCCUGUACGGCUCGCCGGCCUGUGGUUGGUCAGAGGAGAUGGACGCGCAGGGCCAGACGCUGUAUGUCAGCGACUAUAACAACGAGAAGUGGAUAAAGCAUGUUGAUGAGCAAGGCAGGCCCUACUACUACAGCGCCGACGGAUCCAGGUCGCAGUGGGAGCUCCCUAAGCUGGCGGGGGACUCGCUGAAGAGCCGCAGCCUGGACAGGAAGCACGCGGACCCCAUCGUGUUGACCAAGUGGAGACACAGCACCACCUUCCUGGAGCCCAGUGACAAGCGCAUCAUCAAAAAGAGAAACCUCCGCGGUGGAUCUGCCCGCCCCCACCCAUACAAACACCAAGACGCGCCUCCGGGCCUCAAGCCGCCCUCGCCCGACUCCGACUCCGACCCCUCGUCACCCAAGGCCCCCGCCUCCCCCUCUGAGAAGUGUGGAUUGCUGACCGUGACCAAGAUCACAGAGCAUGGCAAGAAAGUCAGGAAGAACUGGACCUCUUCCUGGACCGUUCUCCGGGGAUCCAUGCUGCUAUUCGCCAAGGGCCAAGGGGGCGGGACCAGCUGGUUUGGAUCGGGCCAGUCCAAGCCAGAGUUCACGGUGGACCUCCGGGGAGGCGCGGUGGACUGGGCCUCCAAGGACAAGUCCAGCAAGAAGAACGUCCUGGAGUUGAAGACCCGUCAGGCCACAGAGCUGCUGAUCCAGUCGGAUAACGAGACGGUCAUCAACGACUGGUUACAGACCCUGCAGGAAACCAUCUGCACCCAUGCCUGGGAGUCUGACGAGGCCAUCGAGGAGGACAUGCCGGAGUCUCCCGGGACGGAGAAACAGGACAAGGAGAAGGAGCACCGGGACUCAAAGAAGGGGGUCAAGUACUCGGCCAGCGUGGAAGACCGGGACAACAAGAAGACCCGGCACAAGCUCAAGAAGUUCCUGACGCGUCGGCCCACGCUACAGUCCGUCCGGGAUAAGGGCUACAUCAAAGACCAGGUGUUUGGCUGCAGCCUGGCCGAGCUUUGCCAGAGGGAGAGUACCUCGGUGCCCAGCUUUGUGAGGACGUGCAUCGACCACGUGGAGCAGAACGGGCUGCACGUGGACGGGCUGUACAGAGUCAGCGGGAACCUGGCCAUCAUACAGAAACUACGCUACUCCGUUAACCACGAUGAGAAGGUGAGCCUGUCUGAGGGGAAGUGGGAGGACGUCCACGUGACGGCGGGCGCUCUGAAGAUGUACUUCAGGGAGCUUCCCGAGCCGCUCUUCACCUUCUCCUCCUUCCACGACUUUGUCGGCGCCAUCAAGAAUUCAGAGUACAAGCACCGGGUGCAUUCCAUUAAAGAGCUGGUGAAGCAGCUGCCGCGGCCGAACCACGACACCAUGCAGCUGCUGUUCAAGCACCUCCGCAAGGUGAUCGACCACGGGGAGGAGAACCGGAUGACCACCCAGAGCGUGGCCAUCGUCUUCGGGCCCACGCUGCUGCGGCCGGAGACGGAGACCCUGAACAUGGCCGUCCACAUGGUGUACCAGAACCAGAUCGUGGAGCUCAUCCUGCUGGAGUACGAGGCCAUCUUCGGCAAGUAGGACCCCCCGGCGGAGGGCAGGAAGGGGGGGGGGGUUCUGGAGCUUAAGAACGGAGCCCUGGCCGGAAUCAGCCAGACACAACCCGGGACGGUCUUCGUCUGGUGUGGCCUGGCUCGAAACUCUUCACCUCCAGCUUGUCCCCCAGGUCUGUGUGCAAACCCCUUUCGGACCGUGGACCCCACGGAGCUCGUGUGGAGCUGAUGUUUUUGGGGGGGGGGGGGGGGGAUCCCAGCGACAACCCCGAGGAAUAGAGGCUCUUUCGUUUUCUUUUUUUUUUGUUUUGCACUCGAUAGUGCUUGCAUUUCGUGCCACAUUGAUGCCACUCCGUUUCCUGCUACACUGGAUUCCUUGGACUUCAACGGACAAAAAAAAUAACAAUUUCUCUCUCUCGCUACUGGAUGAGGCCGAGAGCUGCUGGGGAGAUGUGUAUGUCAGUGGGGGGGGGGGGGGGGGGUACGUUGACCGAUCUUGCGUGUUGAGGUAUCUCAACCAGGAGGUCAUUUAGGCGGACCUGAUGCCGCGUUGCGUGCGUUUGUGUCGCACUUGUUCACCUAACUUGUAAAGUCAGUGUUUCGUCCAUUGCCUCUACUGCUGCUUCCUCACCUGCGGUCCAACACGCCUCCACCUUUAUCUCCGGGGACCCCCCCCCCCCCCCCCCCCCCUCGCUCUCUCUCUCCAUGGGUCAUCUUUCCACAGGUGGGGUCUUAACAGAACUGGCCGCUGCCCUUUCCGGUACUAUUGGUCAUCGGUUGCAACAUGAGCAAGAGAGUGAACUCUGGAUACUGGGUGUUGCUUUGUAUGAGUCCCCAUGAGGAGAACUUGCUGAGCUCAGUUCCGUGGCUCGGAGCAACAAAACCUUUAUGCUAACGCAUGCUAGUCUUUAUUCAAUUCUUUCUUCUUCUUCUUCUUCUUCUUCUUCUUCUGCUUCUGCUUCUUCUUCUAAUUCUGCUUCUAAUUCUGCUUCUGCAUCUUGUCUCCCUCUCUUUGUCUUCUAUCUCUACUGCUGAUCUUUAUGUUGUUUCUCUCUCUCACGGUCUCUCCCUCUUCGCUGGUCGAUGACCUACCUUACUCUGUAGAAACGUCCCUUUUUAUUCAGCUUUAAGAACAAAAUCAGUCUUGAGUCGCAUACUAAAAAAAGUGCCCGAAUGGAGAAAAAAAACAACGGUACAUCUCGUCGUGUUAUUUCCUUUGUUAAUGGGUAGAACAUAUUAAGGUGAAGAGCCUUUGAAACUCUGUUGUAUUGAGACGUGUGCAGAGCGUUAGCGUGCGUGUGGGCCGAGGGACAGAUGAGAUAAUUGAAUGAUGAAUCGGUGAUGAAUGGACCAAGUGACAAUAAAUUGUACAAAUGGUAAAUAUGAGGAUGUAUGCCGUGAGAAUAUGAAAUAUGGGGGGAAAUCCAUAAUGUAUGAUGAUUCUUGAACUGAUGGAUUGAGGAAUAAAGGUCUGAACUUUAGUGAUUUUGAGGUGUGUGUGGAACGUUGUAACCCUAUAUAAAGAGAUGCAAAACAAAAUGACUUUGGGACACCUCUAACAUCAAAGUAUUUGAUUUAGCAGAGCAUGAACAUGGGAAGAUACAGGCAGCCAUUGACCAAGCAUCUUCCAUGAAAAAAAAAAAAGGGUGUACAUGAUCCUUCGUGGGCAAUAACAGCAAAGUGAGGGGGCGUGGCCAUCGUGGAGAGCUAAGGAUUGUCCGGAGAGGCCAAGCUAAUUCGCAAUGGAAGGGUCGUGGACAGGAUGGAAGCCCGCAAGAGGAAUCUGCACACGAAAGGAGCCGGGAGAUCGGCAUGCCCCCAGAAUCAGAGUUGGUGGCUACAGUGUUGGUGCAAAUGAGAAAUCUCAGGUGCAAGGAGAGGGAAUACAAAUGUAUUUUAAAACAAGGUUCAUAUAAUUGUACAGGGUUAUAAAGAAAUAAAGUGGCAUUAUGCAAUAAAUGUCCUUUUUAAAAUAAAAACGUAUUCAAUCA